AUGAAGGAUCAGGUCGAGCUGGGUCCAUGUGAAUCUGAAUCCGGCAACACAGAGGAGACCCUUGACCUAAGAACCCUGAGCGAUGGGAUGCAACUUGUCCUGAUCAGCCAAGCUAUCACGAAGAGUGUGGCAGGCGAGAUGAUAUGUCGUCUCGGCCCGCAUCUUGCGAACAUUCUGCGAGGGAAGAUCACGCCUCUGGAACUGAUGGCUCAAAACAAUCUCCUCUCGAGGUACUACGAGGAAUUACCUGGACUCAAACGCUGUUUCAGCCAACUAUCUGAGCUGCUCCGCAAGAUCGUUCACAAGAACCCCAGAGCUCGAAUCCUUGAGAUAGGAGCUGGUACAGGCAGUGUCACCCGCCAUGCUCUCGAGGUACUCGGAAGCCGAGAUUCUAGAGGUCCACUAGCCGAGCUGUACCACUAUACGGAUAUCUCCAUGGGUUUCUUCGAGGCUGCUAGAGAGGAGUUCUCGGGGUGGAGCGAUAUCCUAGCAUUCGACAAACUAGACAUUGAGCAGGACCCUGCAGAACAAGGUUUCAAGCUUGGUUCUUACGAUGUCGUGAUCGCAUGCCAAGUUCUUCAUGCAACAAAGUCCAUCUCUCAUACAAUGGCUCAUGUCCGAAGCCUCAUGAAGCCCAGCAGCUCGCUGUUGCUUAUUGAGACAACGCAAGACCAGAUUGACAUUCAGUUCAUCUUUGGUCUACUGCCCGGAUGGUGGCUUAGCCAAGAGCCUACACGUCAGAAUAGCCCCUCCCUCAGUAUCCCGUCCUGGGAUAGUGCACUAAGGACUGCGGGCUUCACCGGGGUUGACAUGGUCGUGAACGAAAGCGAAGACGCUCAUGAGUAUGCAUUUAGCACUAUAAUGUCUCAUGCGAAAGCGGACGGAGAAAGCUGGGUUGGGAUUCGGACAGAGGACAUUGUUCUAGUUACGACUUCAAAAUCAGUUCCUCCACGAGAUUGGAUAUCAUCUCUGGCAAGGUCCAUCGGAGGAAAAGAUGACUGCCUUGCUGUGCAGCUCCUCGACGCCGCGGAUGCCGCUGAUUCUACCUACAGAGGCAAGAUAUGUGUGUUUUUGGCCGAGGUGGAGGACAACGUACUCUUUGACCUCAAUCCGACCUUGCUAGAGGGGCUGAAACUCGUAGUAGCCAACUGUCAUGGUCUUCUCUGGGUAACAAUAGGGGGAGCCAUCAACUGUGAGGUUCCUUGCUCAGCAUUGGCUGCAGGCUUCGUGCGUUCUCUACGCAAUGAGUAUGUUGGUCGAAAAUUCAUGACUUUGGACUUGGAUCCAUCUCCAACAGCAUGGUCAUCUGCUGCCUCUGACGCCAUCUCGCGUGUUCUCGGGCAUUACUUCAGAUACACGGAUGAUAGCAACAUGUUUGACGGCUCCGAAAUGGACUUUGAGUUCGCUGAACGAGACGGGGCCAUCAUGGUCCCGCGGUAUUAUAAGGACACAGCUCGAAAUAACCUCGUUAUGCCACAGCAAAGCCAUCAGUCACCUGACAAUGCUGUCACUGAGCUUUUCCAUCAGGAGCAUCCUGUUCGCCUCCACGUUGGCACCCGAGGUCUCCUGGACACAUUGACAUUCGUUCAUGAUGAAGGGGUCAUGACUGUCGAUGAAAGUCAGAUGUUGGAGAGCUUUGUCGAGAUUGAGGUUCGCGCCUACGGGCUGAACUUCCGAGAUGUUAUGGUCGCCAUGGGCCAGCUGGAAGACAAGAUCAUGGGUAUCGAGUGUGCCGGCGUCAUAACCAAGGUCGGCGCUGUGGCUGCUCUCCAUGGGCGCUUUGUAGGCGAAAGUGUUUUUGCCCUUCUCCGUGGGCCUUUUGCAAGUCGCGUACGAACAGAACAUUGGAACGCCGUUUCUAUGCCUGAGGGCACGACCUUUGAAGAAGCAGCAUCUAUGCCUAUGGUGUUCACCACGGCGUACGUUGCUUUGUUCGACGUUGCUCAUAUCCAGCGAGGUCAAUCUGUUCUGAUCCACGCUGCGGCGGGAGGCGUUGGUCAAGCUGCUAUCCAGCUGUCGCAGCAUCUCGGAGCCGAUAUCUACGUCACCGUAGGCUCCCCAAAGAAGAAGCAGCUGAUCCAGCAAAGGUAUGGAAUUCCAGAUCACCACAUCUUCAACAGCCGCGAUUCGUCCUUUGCCUCGGGGAUCCGUGAGGCAACCGGGGGUCGUGGUGUUGAUCUGGUUCUGAACUCUCUGGCGGGUCCUUUGUUGCAAGAAAGCUUUGGCCUUGUAGCUCCCUUUGGACACUUUGUCGAGAUAGGGAGACGAGACCUUGAGCAAAACAGUUUCUUGGAGAUGCGCCCUUUUAUUCGACAUAUAUCUUUCUCUUCGCUGGAUGUACUUCACAUGACAAGGGGGAAAGGACCUGACGUCCGUCGAAUUCUCACCGAGAUUGCACGCCUGAAGCAGCGCAACGUCAUCGCGCCUGUUGACCCCUUGACCAGUUACCCAGUCUCGGACAUUACCAAAGCAUUCCGUCUCAUGCAGACAGGUCAACAUAGAGGCAAGAUUGUGGUAUCUACGGGUCCCUUGCAGAAGGUUGAAAUACAGCCCUACCCCAAGGAUAUCAAGCUGUCACCAAAUGCCUCGUACCUGUUGGUUGGUGGCUUGGGGGGCAUCGGGCGGUGUUUGGCAAGCUGGCUUGUCAAUCUUGGGGCCAAGCAGAUCAUUCUCAUGUCACGCAGCGCUGGGACAAAAGAAGAUGAUGCAGUAUUUAUACGCGACCUGGCCGAGACAGGAUGCAGAAUUGAAUGCAUUGGCUGCGAUGUCUCCAAGAGCCAUGAUCUUGACAGGGCGCUGCAGCUGUGCACAGUCAAGGGUCUUCCACCUAUUCGAGGUGUUAUCCACGCAGCCAUGGUGCUUCAGGACUCUAUUCUCGAACAAAUGACAGUCGAGAAUUUCAAGGCUGCUAUUGCGCCAAAGGUACAUGGGUCCUGGAAUCUUCAUUCCAAAUUCCGGGACGUUGACUUCUUCAUCAUGUUAUCGUCAAUCAAUGGCAUCGUCGGCUACGCCAGCCAGUCCAACUACUCAGCCGGAGGAUCAUAUCAAGAUGCGCUGGCGCACUGGCGCGUUGCAACUGGUCUCCCUGCCGUCUCCCUGGACCUCUGCGCCGUAAAGACAGUGGGCUACGUGGCUGAGACGGAGGGCGUGGCCUUCCGCAUGCAGAGAGCAGGCCACAUGCUCCUGAGAGAGGACCAACUCCUCGGGUUGUUGGAGUCUGCCGUGCUGCACCCGUUUACUCCUCAGAUCGUCGCGGGGCUCAAUACAGGGCCUGGUCCCCACUGGAAUCGUGAUGGGGAGUCACAGCUCGGCCGCGAUGCACGAUUCAGCGCCCUGCAAUAUCGACAGCCGCGAGAACAGCGAGCAAGAGAAGGUGACAUGACUCAUAAACACUCUCUUGCUGCCAGUCUGGCCGAGGCAACUUCCCGGGCUGAUGCCGAAGCUAUUGUCUUUGAGGCAAUCGCACAGAAGUUGAGUUCCAUCUUCGUCAUAGCUGCUACAGAGGUCGAGCCAAGUAAAAACCCAUCUCAUUAUGGUGUCGACUCGCUGGUGGCAGUGGAAUUGCGAAAUAUGAUCUCGCUCCAGGCAGCAGCUGAUGUUUCCAUCUUUAGCAUUUUGCAGAGUCAGUCGCUGGGGGCUUUAGCCAGCGAGAUUGUGGAUAAGAGUAGAUAUACCGAGGUCAUGUAA